AUGAAAUCUACUUCAGUUAGACCAAGUAUUAAGAGUUUUCCAAAGGAUGAUUCCUCAGCCCCAUGUCAUCUUACAGCAUUUCUGUCAUACAAAGCUGGCAUGACCCAUGUGAUUAGAACUAAAGAGUUCCGUGCUAAGAAUAAGCUACAAACCAAAGAGGUUCUGGAAGCAGUUACUAUUUUGGAAGCACCAGCAAUGAUUAUUCAUGGUAUGAAGUACACUGAUUUAAGGAAGAAUGUGUCUUACACUCAGGAAGAUGUGGAUGAGAUUAAGAAGACUUCCGAUGUUAUUAGAGUUCUUGUUCAUUCUCAAGUGUGUAAGAUAAAGUCUAUUCGACAGAAGAAGGCACAUAUUUCAGAGAUUCAAAUUAAUGGAGGAUCUGUCUCGGAUAAGGUUGAUUUUGCUCUUAGUAAGUUAGAAAAGGAAGUUAGAAUUGAGGAUGUAUUUCAGAGGAACGAGCUGAUUGAUACUAUUGGUGUUACCAAG